AUGGGGCCGCCCAGAGAGGUGCCGUGGCGGCGGCUGACCGGUAUUGCCUUCGGGAUGUACACGGCCGAGGAGAUCAGGAAACUAAGUGUAAAAGCCAUAACCAACCCUCGUUACCUAGAUAACGUGGGCAACCCAGCAGUAAAUGGACUGUAUGAUUUGUCUUUGGGACCACCUGAUGCCAAAGAAGUGUGUACUACUUGUAUGCAGGACUUCAACAACUGCCCAGGACACCUAGGCCACAUAGAUCUGCCACUGACUGUUUACAAUCCUCUAUUUUUUGAUAAAUUAUACCUUCUGAUCCGAGGUUCUUGUUUAAACUGUCACUUGCUGACCUGUCCUCGAGCUGUGGUUCACCUAUUGCUUAGCCAGCUGAAGGUCUUGGAGAAGGGGUUGCUUCAUGCGGUCUGUGAUCUUGAGGCCAUCCUGAAUAGGUUUUUGGAUGAAAACACAGAUGCAUCUGGUUUAGACAUUGAAGAAGAGUUAAAUCGUCAUGUGAAUGAAAUACUACAAAAUAAUCAGCUAGGAGAUGAGUGCUCACAUGUAAAAAAUGUGUGUGAGUGUAGGAGUAAACUGAUUGCACAGUUUUGGAAACUGCAUAUGACUUCAAAGAGAUGCCCAAACUGCAAAUCUAGAAGAUCACUGGUACGGAAAGAGCACAAUAGCAAAUUGACAGUAACCUACCCCACUGUGGUACAGCAGAAGUCUGGCAAAGAGGCCAUCUUGGAGGAACCAGCAAUUAUAGAUGAGACUCAGUUGGGGAAAAGAGGGUACUUGACACCCAUCACUGCCAAAGACCAUAUUGUGGCUCUGUGGAAGAAUGAAGGUUUCUUUUUAAAUCACCUCUUCUCUGGUCUGGAGGUUGGUGAGAAUUCAGGAUUCAGCCCUGAUAUGUUCUUUCUAGAUCUCCUUGUGGUUCCACCUUCAAGGUAUCGUCCUGUGAAUCGUCUUGGAGACCAGAUGUUUACAAAUGGUCAAACUGUGAACUUGCAGGCGGUCAUGAAAGAUGUCCAAUUAAUAAGGAAGCUUCUGGCUUUCAUGGCUCAAGAACAAAGUCAACCAAUAAAGCUUGUAGAGAAUGAAAUCCAGAAGGUGACAGAUGAGCCGUUGGAAUCACUGGAUCGUUCAGUCCUGGCUAUGAUCUCCGGACAGAGCACUGCAGAUAAACUGUACAACAUUUGGAUUCGUCUUCAGAGCCAUGUCAAUAUUGUGUUCGACAGUGACAUGGACAAAUUAAUGACAGAAAAAUACCCUGGUAUCCGUCAGAUACUGGAGAAAAAGGAAGGACUGUUCCGCAAGCACAUGAUGGGAAAACGUGUGGAUUACGCUGCUCGGUCAGUCAUUUGCCCUGACAUGUACAUUGCUACCAAUGAGAUUGGUAUUCCUAUGGUAUUUGCUACCAAACUGACUUACCCUCAGCCAGUAACUCCGUGGAAUGUCAAAGAACUGAGGCAGGCUGUCAUAAAUGGUCCAAAUGUUCACCCUGGUGCCUCCAUGGUCGUUAAUGAAGACGGGUCACGUACGGUGUUGAGUGCAACCAGCCAGACCCAGAGGGAAGCCAUAGCUAAGCAGCUCCUCACUCCUUCCACUGGAGCCCCAAAACCAGGAAUGAAAAUUGUAUGUCGCCAUCUUAAAAAUGGAGAUGUCCUCUUACUGAACCGUCAGCCCACCCUUCACAGACCGUCCAUCCAAGCCCACCGGGCCAGAAUCCUGCCAGGAGAAAAGGUGCUGAGGCUUCACUAUGCCAACUGCAAAGCCUACAAUGCUGAUUUUGAUGGUGAUGAAAUGAACGCUCAUUUUCCUCAGAGCGAGCUGGGCCGGGCAGAAGCCUACGUGUUAGCCUGCACUGAUGAACAGUAUCUCGUUCCUAAGGAUGGCAAGCCACUAGCUGGUUUGAUUCAGGAUCAUAUGAUCUCUGGUGCCAGCAUGACGAUCCGGGGCUGCUUUUUCACAAGAGAACAGUACAUGGAGCUGAUAUAUAGAGGACUGACAGACAAAAAGGGAAGAGUGAAAAUCCUUCCACCUGCCAUUAUGAAACCACAACGGUUAUGGACAGGAAAACAGAUUGUUUCUACUUUGCUAAUAAACGUAAUCCCUGAAAAUCAAAUCCCACUGAAUUUGUCUGGGAAAGCUAAGAUUGGUGGAAAAGCCUGGGUAAAAGGGCCCCAAAACAGAAUUCCUGGAUCUAACCUUGAUUCAAUGUGUGAAUCCCAGGUUAUCAUUAGAGAUGGGGAGUUACUUUGCGGGGUCUUGGACAAAGCUCACUAUGGCAGCUCUGCCUAUGGCCUAGUCCACUGUUGCCAUGAAGUCUAUGGUGGUGAAACCAGCGGCAAGGUGCUUACAUGUCUAGCUCGCCUCUUUACUGCCUAUUUGCAGCUGUACAGGGGAUUUACAAUGGGAGUUGAAGAUAUUUUGGUCAAACCCCAAGCAGACCACAGAAGACACCGAAUCAUUGAAGUGUCCACCCAUUGUGGUACCAGGGCUGUUAGAGCUGCAUUUAACUUGCCAGAAACUGCAUCAUGUGAAGAGAUCCAAGGGAAAUGGCAGGAUGCCCAUCUCCACAAAGACCAGAGGGAUUUUAAUAUGGUUGAUCUGAAAUUCAAGGAGGAAGUAAACAAUUACAGCAACGAGGUUAACAAGGCAUGCAUGCCCCUUGGUCUCCACAGGAGCUUCCCAGAGAACAACUUGCAGUUAAUGGUGCAGUCAGGAGCCAAAGGAUCCACUGUAAAUACAAUGCAGAUUUCGUGCUUGCUGGGUCAGAUUGAGUUGGAAGGUCGAAGGCCCCCUCUGAUGGCAUCUGGUAAAUCAUUGCCUUGUUUCCAGCCUUAUGAUUUUUCCCCUAGAUCAGGGGGAUUUGUGACUGGCAGAUUUCUCACAGGCAUCAAACCUGCUGAAUUCUUCUUUCACUGCAUGGCUGGCAGGGAAGGUCUGGUGGAUACAGCCGUCAAAACCAGCCGAUCUGGAUACCUUCAAAGGUGUAUCAUAAAGCACUUGGAAGGGCUGGUAGUUCAGUAUGACCUGAGUGUGAGGGACAGCGAUGGCAGUGUGGUGCAGUUCCUUUACGGUGAAGACGGGCUAGAUAUCCCCAGGACCCAGUUCCUGCAACCCAAGCAGUUUCCUUUCAUUGCAGAGAACUAUGAGGUGAUACAGAAGUCUAAACACAUAGAUGAAGUUUUAUCCAAGAUCGAUCCUCAGCAAGCAAAUCAACACUUCAGAGCUAUCAAAAAGUGGCAAACCAAGCAUCAAGUUUCUUUGCCAAGAGAAGGAGCGUUUCUGCUGUAUUCUCAGAAAAAAAUGGCAAGAGUGAGGGAACAGACCCUAGGAGGGGAGAUCAUAAAUGGCAGAGACCCUGCAACCCUACAGUUACUGAAGAUGUGGUAUGAACUGGACGAGAAGAGCCAGAGAAAAUAUCUAAAGAGGACAUCUAAGUGUCCUGACCCAAGCCUGGCCGUCUGGCGACCAGAUAUUUAUUUUGCAUCUGUUUCAGAAGCAUUUGAAAGUGAAGUAGAGAAUUACAUCAGUGAAUGGAAUGCUCAGAACAACAGCAACUAUGUAAAAUCAGAGCUUUCUUGUGAUAGAUUAAACAGCUUGUUGCAUUUGAAGUGGCAAAGGUCCCUGUGUGACCCAGGAGAGGCUGUGGGUCUCCUUGCUGCUCAAAGCAUUGGGGAGCCUUCCACGCAGAUGACUCUGAACACCUUUCAUUUUGCUGGCAGAGGUGAAAUGAAUGUCACAUUGGGUAUUCCAAGGUUGCGGGAGAUCCUGAUGGUAGCUAGUGCUAACAUUAAAACUCCAAUGAUGAGCGUUCCUGUGCUUAAUACCAAGAAAGCUCACAAGAAGGUGAAAAGGCUUAAGAAACAGUUUACAAGAGUGUGCUUAGCGGAGGUCUUGCAAAAAGUUGAAGUUGAGGAGUCUCUGUGCAUAGAAGGGAAACUAAGCAAACACCGUCUCUACCAAAUCAAAUUUUAUUUCCUGCCAUAUGAAUACUAUCGGGAGGAGAAGUGUCUGAAGCCGAGGGACAUCUUAUACUUCAUGGAAACACGAUUCUUUAAAAUCUUGCUGGAAACGAUUAAAAGGAAGAGUGCAAAGCUGGCAUCUUUCAAUGUGGUCAAUACUCGUAAGGCAACUCGGAGGGAUCUAGAUGGCAGUGGCGGAGAAUCCCAAGAAAACCAGACACAGGAUGAUCAUGAAGCUGACGAGGAGGAAGCAGGGAGGCUCAUUGAUGGUGAAGCAGAUGAAGGAGACGCUGAUGCUACAGAUACAAAACGAAGAGAGAAGCAGGAAGAAGAGGUUGAUUAUGAGAGCGAGGAAGAGGACAGUGAGGAAAAUGGUGACGAAAAUCCAGAAGAGGAAGAAGGCAUGCUGCAUGACGAUAAAAGGGCUGAGGAUGCUGAAGAAGGGGUUCAGAAUGAAUAUAAUUAUCAGACUAAAAAAGAAAAAGGACCCAAACUAGAGCAUUCAACACAGCUAAGAGUUAGUGCUGUGAUGAGCAGUCAUCCGUCUAUAGUCAACUACACAUAUGAUACGGAAAAUGAGCUCUGGUGUGAGGUUUCACUGAAGCUUCCUCUGAUGAAGGCAUACUUUGACCUCUCCUCCAUCCUAACGUCCCUCAUGCAGAACACAAUUGUCCAUGAGACAAAGGGGAUCACGCGGUGCUUCUUAAAUGAAAGCACCAAUAAGAAAGGGGAGAAAGAAUUUGUUUUAAACACCGAGGGAAUAAACCUCCCAGAGCUAUUCAGAUAUGCUGAUCUUUUGGACCUAAGCCGGCUUUAUUCCAAUGACAUUCAUGCAAUGGCUAAGACUUAUGGAAUCGAGGCUGCCCUGAGGGUGAUUGAAAAGGAAAUUAAAGAUGUGUUUGCUGUGUAUGGUAUUGUGGUAGAUCCUCGGCACCUUUCUCUUGUGGCAGAUUACAUGUGUUUUGAAGGUGUUUACAAACCACUGAAUCGUUUUGGAAUGCAGUCCAACUCCUCCCCUCUGCAACAGAUGACGUUUGAAACCAGCUACAAAUUUUUGAAGGAAGCGACAAUGAUGGGUGCCCAUGAUGAGCUGAGAUCUCCUUCUGCAUGCCUGGUGGUAGGAAAAGUUGUCAAAGGAGGGACUGGUUUGUUUGACCUCAAGCAACCCCUUACAUAG